CAGUCUCGCAGCCGAACACGUCCUUCCAAUGGAGGCGCACGCCGCGCACCACCUGAGGCAGCUCCGCGCCCACCUCCUCCGACGCGGCCACCCCUUCCCGCCGGCGCCCCACCCAGAUCCCGACCGCGCCCACCUCUCCGUCCUCCGCGCCGCCGCUGCCCCCCGGCUCGCGCUCGCCGCCUGCGCCUGCCUCCGCCGCGCCGGCCUGCCCCCGCCGGGCCGCCGCGCGCUCCCCGCCCUUCUCCGCGCCGCCCGCUGCGAAGGUGAGGCCUCAUCCGUCUUGGGGGGCGCGCACGGGCUGGCCGUCCGGGUCGGGGUCCAGGGCGACGGCUUCGUCGGUACCGCGCUGGUCGGGGCGUACGCGGCGUGCGGGUGUGUGGGGGACGCGCGGAAGGUGUUCGACGAAAUGGGCGCGAGGGACGUCCUCGCCUGGGGCGUCAUGCUUGACAGUUAUUGUCAAACUUGGAACUACAAAGAAGCUCUGCUUCUAUUUGGUGAGAUGAAGAGAUCUGGGGUUGUGCCUGACCAAUUGAUCCUUGCUACUGUGUUAUCAGCUUGCAGGCAUACAAGGCAUUUGAGAACUGGAAAAGCCAUCCACUCAUACAUGUUAGUGUCAGACAUUCUAAUUAAUGCUCACCUCAGUAGUGCCCUCAUAAACUUGUAUGCUAGUUGUGUGAACAUGGACAUGGCUGAAAAGCUAUACAAUGGGAUGCCAAGAAAGGACUUGGUAUCAUCAACUGCCAUGGUGUUUGGAUAUUGCAAGAAUGGAAAAGUUGAGAUUGCUCGCUCCGUAUUCGAUGAAAUGCCAGAGAAGGACGUGGUAUGUUGGAGCGCUAUGGUAUCAGGAUAUGCUCAAAGUAAUCAACCUAAUGAAGCCUUGAAUUUGUUCAAGUAUAUGCAAGAGCGUGCUGUCAGGCCUGAUCAAGUUACCGUGUUAAGUGUCAUAUCUGCAUGUGCUAAUUUAGGUUCCCUUGAUAAAGCCAUAUGGAUCCAUUCCUUCACUGAGAAUAAUGGAUUUAGUAAGAGAUUGCACAUUUGCAAUGCUCUUAUUGAUAUGUUCUCCAAAUGUGGGGGUUUAACUCUUGCCUUGAAUGUUUUCAAUACAAUGCCUGGAAAGAAUGUUAUCACCUGGACAAGUAUGAUUACUGCGUUUGCUAUGCAUGGUGAUGGAAAAUCUGCCUUAGGCCUGUUUGAGCAGAUGAAAAGUGAAGGGGUUGAGCCCAAUGAAGUGACAUUUCUUGGUUUACUCUAUGCUUGCUGUCAUUCUGGUUUAGUUGAUGAAGGGCGUUCAUUGUUUAGAUGUAUGGUUCAAGAAUACAAGAUUGAACCUAAGCAUGAGCACUAUGGUUGUAUGGUAGAUCUUUUGGGAAGGGCUAAACUUCUGCAAGAAGCAGUUGAGCUCAUAGAGUCAAUGCGCUUAGGACCUAAUGUGGCUGUUUGGGGAUCUCUGUUAGCAGCCUGCUGGAUGCAUGGUGAUCUCAAGCUUGGUGCUUUCGCUGCAAAGAAAGUUUUGGAGUUGGAUCCUCAACAUGAUGGAGCAUCUGUGCUUUUAUCGAAGAUAUACGCGAAAUCUGGUAAUUGGAAUGAUGCUCGGAAGGUGAUGGAAGUAAUGAAACUACAAGGGGUCUCAAAAGAAACAGGCUCCAGCUGGAUGGAGCGGAAUGACACUUUUGAUGAGUUUGCAGCUGGAGGUGAGAAACAUUCAGAAAAUGACAAGAUCCUUCUAGAGCUCAAUGGGAAGUUACUAAUUGAAGAUGUGCGCCUAUGCUCCAGAUGUUAACAAUGUUUAAGUUGAUUUCUGAAACAAAGAUAUGGGAGAAGCUAUUCUGCUGCACAGCGAGGAGCAUGCCCUUUCUUUAGCCUGAUAAAUUUGAGAUAAGCAAUAUUGCAUCUUUGCAAAGAGUAGCACAAUUUUGUGAGGACUGUUACGCAUUUGUGAAGUUAGCGCAAUUGUACAGGAUGGAGAUUGUGUUGUGUGAUUGGAUUUUUUUUUUCACCAUUUCAAAAAUGGGAGUGCCUCUUCUAGAGAUUUUGGUGAAUGCCAAUUCAUCUACAAUUUGUUGCCAUGAUUGAAGGAGCUAUCGCAUGAGAGGUCUCUGUGCAUAAAAAGCUGGCAACACAACCCUUUUUUGUUGACAAAAGAUUUAGACAAGCUUUUUAGGAAAUUGAUAUUGCGCAUGACAUCUCCUGCAUGGAAGGGACAUUGGAGCCUCCCUGUCUCUUAAGGUGAGACAUCCUCCGUGUGCCUCUUAAGGUGAGACAUUUGACAUGAUGCUGCAUGAGACAAGUGUUACCUGUGAUACCAGAGCUAAAUUCACCAUGCUGUAGAAACUGAACUUUUAUGUCACGACGAGUGUAGUGGUUACUGCUGUGGCAAGUGCUCUCUUCAAGACUUGCAGUUCCAACACAGCUGGCAUUUGAUGGAGCAAUAUUCAGGCAAGAUGGCGGUUUCUGAUUUCUGGCAACACCAUUUUGGCGUUAUGGGUUUUGGCCAACUGGACACCAUGGAUGAAGUUGAAUGAAACAUGGCACACCUGUUGAGUUCCAUGAGUGUACUGAAUGAAGCUGUGCACACGGUUUGGGUUUUCAAAAUGGAAGCAAUUGGGGAUGUUAAAAGUUCAGAGAAAGAAUAAAUCUCCAGAGUUGGAUCUUGCAUGGCAGAAAUAGCAAGUACUCCUAGCAUAACCAGUGUUAGUCGAUUUCGAUGAAGCUUAUUCUGGUUUGUCCAGCCAGGAACUGCUGGGGGGUGUGCCCAUAUUGGAGACAUAGCAGUGGCCUUCACUUGUACGCUGAAGCUUGAAGGCAGUGGAGAAUGUUCUUGUUUUGCUUUUGAGACAGAGCAUGCUGAAGUUCUACUUCUGGUAAGAAAAUACAGGUCUCGGUAAUGUCUACCAAAUCUUAAGGUUUCGGGAUCAUGGCGAAGAAGCCGGUUUUCUCAGUUCGUAAUGCACGCAAACAGAACUCAUAUACUACAGGUUUUGUAGGAAUGACGGAAGGGAGCGGCUAUGUUUAUAUUGUACCAAAAACAGAGUUAUAAUCAACUAAAGCUGAACAUCUUGUUCAUAAAAUGUUUGCUACAAGAAACAGAUGCGUAGAAAUACUUGUCCGUAAUAUGAUGUGUACCUUGUUGAGAUCUGUUUUUAUGCGUAGAAAAAAUGGAUUAUAUUUG